GAGCUCCAAAGGCUCCACGCGGACAUGGAAGUGCGUCCUAUGAUACAAUGCUUAAGAGACCUUUACCAGGGUCAACCCCAAAACUCAGGUAUUUACGUUAUCGAAGUCAAUAUGUCUGAUAUCACCUCUUGGGUGAUGGAUACUGGAUGUGGUUCUCACAUCUGUACUUCUAUGCAAAACUUGCAUGAAUGUAGACAAUUGACGGAGGGAGAGAUACAACUAAAAGUCGGCAAUGGCGCACUCGUCUAUGCAUUGGCCGUCGGAACCUAUAGUUUAUCUCUACCUAGUGGUCUAAUAUUGCAUUUGAAUAAUUGUCUGUUUGUACCUAGUAUGAGCAGAAACAUCAUUUCUGUAUCCUGCCUUGACAAAGCAGAAUUUUCAUUCAUUGUAAAAGACAAAACUCUUUCUGUCUUUAGAAAUGAUAUAUUUUAUGCAAGUGCAAAAAUGACCAACGGUCUCUAUGUCCUUGACAUGGAUACCACAAUAUAUAACGUAGAUGUUAAGAGAAACAAACCUAACAGUUUGAAUCUCGCGUACUGAUAUGCACAUAUUUUAUACACUUUUAAGCAUAUUUUGAAGGAGUUUUGAGUCCCAAUUGAAUUUAAUGUUUAUAUUUUAUUUCAAUUUUCCAAUUUAUUUGUGUAGAGCGGUCCUAUGCUUGGUUUUAUAUGUUUUGCAGGUAUUUUGAGGCCAUUUGGACAAAUUGAGAACAAUUUCAAGAACGGAAAAUAAACAUGAAAGUUUGGGACCAAAAUAAAUUGAAGAGAAUUGAAGAAAAGAAGGAAACAAAUAAAGAAUAAGGAAAAAAGGAGCAAGGAUUCGAACUCAAGACUUGGGGACAGGGAUUUGAAACUCUGACCAUUGCACCACAACUGACUGUUCAGCAUUUCAAUGACAGAGCGCGAAUAAUAUCUGUCUUAAUAUUCGGCUCAUGAAUUGGGAGAAAAUGACAAAAUAGGAGACAGCGGGAAGAUUCGAACCCAGCAUCACGCUGCCAACAUCCAGCUACGUUUCCAUGUGAGCUACAGGAGUUGUUUUGACCAAUUAUGCUACUGUUUGUAUAUACUCCGUAUAUACGAUUUUAUCUAUAAAAUCACAUCUCCUCUCUUUUCUUAGGAGGUUGGAACCCCCAUUUUCUUCCUUAUCUCUAGUCCAAAA